AUGCCUGUCAUGCCUGGCGAAGAAAACACCGACUCUCACGUCUUUGACAAAGUCGCCAAAGAGUCAAGCGAUUCCAACGCAUCUGACCACCCCCUUCACCAGGAGCACCAAAAGGCACAAGCCCACCAUCAUCAUAGCAAAGGCCCUCAGAUUUCCGAGAAUAUUCCUGCUGAGACAAAGAGCAAGGACGAACUGAAGGCCCAGGCGAAAGAGAUGAACAAAUAG